GCGAGUGCACGCGUCUUCAUUUUUCUCUACAACGUUUAAUUACGUCUACAUUAUUUAUAUUAGUAUAAUUAGUAACAUAUAAAUAAAUACGAACUAUUGUUUAAUAGCGAAACUAUAUGUUUUGCUUGUGUGACAAGUGAUAAAAGAUCCUAAUAAUAAAUAUACGCGUAAUAUUUAAAAAUAUGAUUUAAAAGAAUGUGUCGUUGGUGUUUAAAAUAAAGGAUAAUUAAUGUUAUAAUGAAGAGUGUUCGUAAGAAAUAACUGUGUGAAUUGUGAAAAAUUAAAUAAAUUUUUGUUUCAAGAAAAACAUUUGAAAUGUUUUCUAACAGAAAAUGUCAAAUUUUAAUGGCAUGCCUCAUUUUAUUUGUAAAAUUAAUUGCUGGGCAGAGAGAGUCAGUCGUGCUCCUACGUUCCAACAUCACCCGUCUUACGGCGAGGGUCAUACGAGCCGCUGGCUUCGAUCUUCAGCAAGUUGAACAUUUAUCAGUGAUGGACGCGCCUAAUUUAGAGCACGUCGCAGUUGAAGAUCUGACCAAAAUGCCUAAUCUCAAAUCUUUAUUUAUAACACAAGCACCUUUGCUACAUAGAAUACCACCGCUACCAGCGCUGCCUGAACUGCGCACAUUUAUCGUAACGACAUCAGGUCUGGUCGAGGUGCCAAACUUGAGUCACGUUCAUGACAAAAACAGCGCGAACACAUCCCUACCAUACUUGCAAGCAAUAGACCUCGAAGGCAAUCAUAUAAAACGUAUCCCGAGCCACGCGCUGCGAGUCCGGGCUGACCAAGUUUCAUUAAAUUACAACUUGAUAGAGGAAGUUCCAGCUCAUGCGUUUAAAAAUUCACAAAUAUCAAAAUUGAGUUUCAAAGGGAAUACCAAGUUAAAGAAAUUGGAUGAUUUGGCUUUUGCUGGAAAUCUACUAUUACGACAACUGGAUUUAAGCAACACAGCCAUCACGUCGCUUCCUACGAAAGGUCUAGAAAAAUUGCAAAUUCUCAGAAUAGAAAAGACACCGUCUCUGAAAUACAUUCCAUCAAUAUAUGAAUUUCAACACUUGGAGAAGGCGUUUCUGACGCAUCACUUCCAUUGCUGCGCUUUUGCCUUCCCCGAGAGACACAACCCCGCCAGACAUGCGCUGUACGAAACGCAGCUAGCAAUCAUGGCGCAGAAAUGCGGUAAAAAUAGCCAUAGGAAUACUUCAGAGCCAAGGAAACGUCGAUCUAUAAAUCUUAAUUCUGACACAAAACGGUCGACUACAAAUGUCUACGAUGAUACUUCGACUGAAAGCCAGGAAAACGGUUCGUGGGCGAGCGACGAAUACUUCUCAGACUCUGGCAGCUUCGAAGACUACGAUCAAGGAGACUUCCACGAACCAGUCAACAAUAGCCUGGGAGUUACCUAUUUUGCUGAAUGUGGUAACUUCAGCUUGAGCCGACGUGAAGUGGCCUGUACUCCGCUGCCAGAUGCUCUAAAUCCUUGUGAAGACGUGAUGGGCUGGUCGUGGCUUCGCGCUAGCGUCUGGUUCGUGAUAACCGCAGCUGUUGUCGGAAAUAUAGCUGUUUUAUUAGUUCUCUUAACAAAUCACACUGAACUUACAGUACCAAGAUUUCUCAUGUGCCAUCUUGCCUUUUCCGACCUUUGCACAGGAUUGUACCUCUUCAUGAUAGCAGUCGUGGACCUCAGGUCUUACGGAGAAUUUUUCAAUUACGCCUACGAUUGGCAAUACGGCGUGGGGUGCAAAAUAGCUGGAUUCUUGUCUGUAUUCUCCGGACAAUUGUCGGUCUUCACUCUCACUAUAGUGACGCUGGAGCGUUGGUUUGCAAUUACAUACGCAAUUUACUUAGAGCGAAGAAUUUCUUUGGGGGCUGCAGCGAAAAUUAUGAUUGGAGGUUGGCUGUUCUCAAUACUUAUGGCUGGCUUGCCUCUAGCUGGGGUUUCGGAUUAUUCCUCGACUUCUAUUUGUUUACCAGUUGAAAGUGAAGGAAUCGAGGACGCAGUUUAUCAGGGGGGGUUGUUUUUGACAAAUGCAGUCGCGUGGGUCACAAUCGUAGUAUGUUACGUACAGAUUUACAGAUCUUUAGGGGGAGGUGGAGAGAAGUAUGGGGGGAGGGGAGCUGCUGCUGCGGCUGAAAGACGGAUAGCAAAUAAAAUGGCUCUUCUUAUUGGAACAGAUUUACUGUGUUGGGCACCUGUUGCGUUCUUUGGUGUUACAGCGCUGGCUGGCGUACCAUUGGUCGAUGUCAGUCACGGGAAAGUACUUCUCGUAUUCUUCUAUCCUUUGAACGCAUGUGCAAAUCCAUUUCUCUACGCAAUCCUGACGAAACAAUACCGCAGAGAUCUCAUAACAUUAAUCGCAAGAACAGGACAAUGUAAUUGGUUGGUGGAAAGGUAUAAAUUAGCAGCGACACCCCCUCCAACAGCGCAUACCAAUCCUUCAGCACCAGCAGCACUCGUACCUCUAGUGGACUACAAUAGAUCGAUAUCACAAGUCACAAAGAAUGGAGAAGCCGAAAUUUUGUAAAUUAUAAGAGUCUUAAAAUAUUAUUUUUA